ACGUAGAGUGACGGCGAGCGCGGUUCGUGCUCGUGGCUGGCAAGUAAAUAAUUCCACGCUUGCAUUGAUGAGAGAGAAUCCACCGUUGCGAAACAAAAUCCAACGGUACAGGAAUCAUAGUGUUUUGUUCGCGGGGGACCACGAAGCGAGAAAGGGCGCUAGGGUAUUUUCUCGAGGGCGGAACAGCCGUGGAGCCAUCGCCGAGGAGCUUGACAAGUCUCGCUACUCUUAGUGAAAUUUAUUUUCAAAAUGGCAGCUACGAGAAGAUUGCAAAAGGAACUUGGCGACCUGAGAGCCUCGGCAAUGAAAAACUUCACAAACAUUCAAGUGGACGAGUCGAAUAUCCUCACCUGGCAAGGCCUCAUACUGCCGGACAACCCACCGUACAACAAAGGAGCGUUUCGCAUUGAAAUAAACUUCCCCGCGGAAUAUCCCUUCAAACCUCCAAGGAUAAACUUUAAGACAAAAAUAUAUCAUCCGAACGUGGAUGAGAAAGGACAAGUGUGCUUACCGAUAAUAAGUGCCGAGAAUUGGAAACCAGCUACAAAGACGGAUCAAGUUGUACAAGCUUUGAUAGCGUUAGUAAAUGAUCCUGAACCGGAGCAUCCUUUGAGGGCAGAUCUUGCCGAGGAAUUUUUAAAGGAUAGAAAAAAGUUUUUAAAAAACGCGGAAGAAUUCACGAAGAAGCACGCAGAGAAGAGGCGGGAGUCGUCGUCUUCUAACGAAUAACCACGAGUGACCGACUUUUACUCACCAUGAUGCCUGCCACUCGUCAGCUAAUUUAAUUCAAACCAAGAUAGACUUCUCUGUUACAUGAAAAAGCAAGUUGAAUGAGAUACAUGUGUACAGUAUUGGUUAACUAUCGACAAUGAUGAUAUUAAUACGUGCAAAUUGUAAUGUUUAUAAAGUGGAUUAACAAAUUUUUUCAGAGCAAAGUAAAAAAAAAAAAUAUAAUAAACUAACUGUAUGAUAUUGUAUACAAUUUGUAUUUUGAAGUAUGGACACGGCGGUCCGUGUGGUUUCCAAGAGGCGUGAGAAAAUACCACCUGCUCUUUGUGUUAAGAAAAAAAAAGAGAGAGAGAAAGCAAGGCAAUUAUAAUGCAUCGUGAUAAAUAUACACAAUUGUAGAACAAUGCAUUUACUUUCAACGUUAAAUGAUACAUUAUGGACAUGUUAACGCCAUUACGGAUGAAUCUUGAUUCGUAUUAACUAAAUCCAGAAGCAUCAAAGUGAGUGUAUAUAAGAUUUAUACAGUUGUUAAAUUGAUCAUACUGGGAAACUGUAAUCCCAUUUUCAGUAUGUGAAUUUUCGAUUGAGAGUAUUUUCUUAAUGUUUACUUGAGAGUAUAAUUCCAUCUUCUAAUAUAGAAAGUUAAUUUAUAAUUUAAUUGAAACUGAAUUACUUUCCCUGUAUGCCUAUCUUUGAAAGUAAUGUUGCUCCAUUAAACAGUAAGAAAUUAAAUUAAUGCCCUUAUUUACUUCGUUGUUUUAUGUGACGCAUUACGCUGUAGAAUAAUUCAAAUUGUAAAUUCUGAAAUACUAAUAUUAGCAAUUAAAAUAAACUUCAAACUAUAUCUUACCUCAUUGAUUAUGUGCGUAUAUAUAAAUAGUAAAGAGAUACUAUUGUAUUUAACACGUUCGCGGUGUGAUCCGCUCCACGCCACCAGUGUGUGCGGCAUCGAUGAAUUUCAUCAUUACGAAUUUGUUAAUUUCAACGAGAGAUGUUAGAGAAAUGGAACAGAGAGGGAUCGGACAGAAUUGAUAUGAUAUUCUUGUAUUUAAAAUGCGUUGAAACCGAAGGAUUGCUUUUACAGGGUUUUAUUUUUUAUUCAGUUUGCGUAAGAAAAGGUAAAACCUUUUGUUUAAAUAUUAAAACUCUAUAUUAAUAAAUAAAGAUAUAAAUGAAAAUAAAAA